AACAACACAUAUGAUUGGAUUUGUAUUGAAAAAUUAGAAUUCUAUUCUAAUCAAUUAUUAUUAUUAUUGUGAUGGAACAGGAAAAAUUUCUAGAUAUUACGAUCAAAACAGAUAUCUAUAAUGGAAUUAAAAUCGAUUUACAUCAUUUAUCGGAUGAAAUCCGAUCCAAAUUAACUGUCGAUUCAUUCGAUACAAUUAUUAACGAUAAAAUAAAAGUUUGGAUUGAAAAUGGCCGUAAAUGUAUUUGGUUUAUUGUACCCGGACAACUUUCACAUUUGAUAUCGGUGCUCAUUAAGCAUGGCUUUGAAUUUCAUCAUGCUAAACCAAAUUUCGUAAUGCUUGUCAAAUGGAUCCCAAAUGAAGAAACUCGAAUACCAAAAUUUGCUCAUACCACCGUCGGUGUAGGCGGAUUGGUAUAUGAUCCUGUUAUACAAAAAGUUUUACUCAUCCAAGAAAAAAAUUCUCGAGUAAAAAUGUGGAAAUUUCCUGGUGGCUAUUCUGAACCUGGUGAAGAUAUUGGCAAUACAGCUAUUCGGGAAGUGAAAGAAGAAACUGGGAUUGAUUGUACAUUAAAAUCGAUCAUCUCAUUCAGACAUAAUCACACUGGAAUAUUUGGCUGUUCUGAUUUCUAUUUUGUCUGCUUAUUAUCACCGAUUAAACAAUCAUCGAAAAUAGAAACCUGCCAAAUUGAAAUCGAUGAUUGUCGAUGGUUUCCAUUGAGUGAAGCUCGCCAACAUCUUUGUGGAUUCAAUCGAUAUGUAUUUGAAGAAUUUCUCAAACAAUAUUCUUUUGUUGAAUAUUGUAAUGACUGUAAAGAUAGUUUAGGCGAUACAAUUCAAACAGAAAUCAUUCAUUCACAAUAUGGACCAUUCAAACGUGAUGAACGUGUUUAUUCAGUACGAAAAAGUGGACAAUAAAUUUUGGAUUUGUUUUCUCAUUGAUUACAAAAAUAGCUGUUACAAAUUUUUCAAAAGCAAUAAAGAAUUAUUAUAUUUGAAAUAAACUCGUCAUGAUUUAGAUAUCGGA